AAAAAUAGCAUAAUACAACCCAAUGUCUUCUUCCACAUUCUCUCUCACAAACCAAAAAUGCCUCCAAACACCGCAUCUCAUUCAUGGCCAUUUUACUUUAUUAUUUUCUCAAUCUUAGCUCCUGUUCUGCUUGCUAUAUUCAUUUUCCAGCUUGACUAGUUCGACCCAGCUCCUAUGCCUAUCCACGAGUUGACUCUAUCCACGAGUACUGACCCGCCACCGGAGGCUUCUAUGAAGAAUGGUCGCCUUCUUCAAGGCUCAGAAUUUCUAGGUGUCGGGCAGUUGAAGGCACCGGAAGAUAUAGCAUACGAUGGCGAAUCAGGAGUCAUUUAUACAACGUGUGCAGAUGGGUGGAUAAAACGAGUCACAGUGAAUGACUCGGUGUCUGACUCGGUUGUGGAGAACUGGGUUAACACUGGUGGUAGACCACUUGGACUCGUCCUGGGAAAAGAUAACGAUGUAAUUGUUGCUGAGUAAUUGUUGCUGAUUGUUGCUGAUGCCUACAAGGGAUUGCUAAAGAUUAGUAGAGAUGGUGAAAUAGAGCUAUUAACAGAUGAGGCAGAGGGUCUGAAAUUCAAACUUACAGAUGGUGUAGAUAUAGCAGAAGAUGGCAUUAUUUAUUUUACAGAUGCUUCUUAUAAGUACAAUUUUCAUGACCAUUUGUGGGACGUUUUGGAGGGUAAGCCCCACGGUAGGGUAUUGAGCUAUAAUCCUGCAACCAGAAUCACCAAAGUUUUGGUCAGUGACCUAUAUUUUGCCAAUGGACUUGCAAUUUCUCCCGAUCAAGACUCUUUAAUCUUCUGUGAAACUUCCAUGAGGAGGUGUAGAAAAUAUUACAUAAAAGGCAAUAAAAAAGGAAGCUUGGAAAAAUUUACUGAUUUGCCUGGAAUGCCAGACAAUAUCCAUUAUGAUGGACAUGGCCACUUCUGGAUUGCAUUACCCAUGGAAAUCACAACAUUUUGGAAGGCAGUAUUCAAAUAUCCUUUUGUCCGAAAGCUUGCAGGAAUUGUUUUGAAGCACAAAGGAAAUAUAGGUGAUACAGGAAAAAAUGGAGGAGUUUUUGUGGUGGAUUUGGAAGGGAAACUGAUUUCCCAUUACUAUGAUCCUGAGUUAAAAUUGAUUUCUAGUAGUGUAAAAAUUGGAAAUCAUCUAUACUGUGGUUCUAUCACCUAUCCCUAUAUUAUUCGUCUAAAUUUGGCCAAGUAUCCUGCACUUGCCAAUACCUAAGUUGUGUAGAUUAAUGCUAUACUAAUGUCUCUCAUCAGUGCUCAGAGGGUUGGUGCGCCCUAUGGGUUGUCCUCAAUCGGGCCAUCAACACCUGACUAGUUAUCCGAGCUUACAGAGGCAAUGACUAAAACAUCUAGUAAUCCUCUUUUUCUUUUUCAAAAAAUGUGUUUACACUAUGCAAAUGUUAUAGAAAUUGUCAGAGUUGUCUAGCAAACAUUUCUCAUUGAAUAUAGUAAUAGUAUGAUGUUUUUGCCGCGUUUAAUUUAA